AUGAAGAUCCUGGUGCUGCUGCUGGUGCUCCUCAAAGUCUCUGAAUGUGAUGGGAGAGUCAUUGGAAGAAUGGGUCAGAGCAUCACUCUGCCCUGUAAAUAUGACAUAAAAAUCAACGGACCUAGAGAGAUGUGUUGGGGUCGAGGUCCUCUUCCUAGCAGUGGCUGCACAAACCAGCUCCUCGCCACAGACGGACAUAAAGUGAUCAAAGAAAGCAGAGCUUCCAGCAGGUAUCAGCUGCAGGGUCGACUGGAUGAAGGAGACGUUUCUCUGACCAUCAUGAACGUCACAGAGGAAGAUACUGGACUAUACGGAUGCAAAGUGGAGAUUUUUGGAUGGUUCAAUGAGGGGAAACAUCAUGUCCACUUAACUGUUAACAGAGCACCACGUUUGAUCUCUACACCUUCAUCAGGAACAACAUCUUCAUCAUCAGACAUUCAUCAGACCACAGCAGCCACUCCAACUUCAGGAGUUUGGAGAUCUAACCUGAGAUUUCCAACUAACACGAGACCAGACCAACCAGAAGACGAGGAUGAUGAUUCUGUGUGAGGAGGAGACAAUCACUGUUGUUUUAUUUUCUGAUGUAUACAUGCUUUUCUCAUCUGCUCUUGACCUCAAGUUGACCAUGCAGAUGGAGAAAAUACACACAUUUGUCAUAACAAAACCAAACCUGUCUGUCCUCUGCUUUUCAAUGCUCAGUUUUCUGCAUUUUCUCCGACUACAUAGGUCAGGUUGCGCCACAAGCUCUUCAUUCAGACUUGUGUAUUUCUUUGGAUUCCACUGUUAUUUCUUUCUAAACUGUUUUUUGAAUGUUGUCUUGCAAGUUUGUUCCAUGAAUCAGGAUGCCUUCAAGAAAAAAGAAUCAUUCAAGUUCUGCAGGU